AUGGAAAUUGAUCUAGAGAAUGAUGAAAUUAAUAAAUUACCUUCAAAACAGAAUUACGCUAUUUUCGAUAAUGCGAAUAAUAAAUGUGAUGGCUCUUAUAUUCAACAAAAUAUAACGAAACUCAUAGAAAAUUAUCCGCAGCUUGAAAAUAUUUCUAACAAAAUACGUAAUGCUUUAUGCUUUGCAUACGAGCAAAAUGUGACGGAGAAGUUUAAUAGUUCAGAUUGUGAUUACCUGUACUUUUGGUUAGGAGAUAUAAUAUAUAAGAAUAUAAAAUAUAAUUUACAUUUUACAUCUGUUAUAGAUGUUAUUAAAUUUACAUUACAAAGUAAAGAGGGCUCGAAUAUAUGUGAAUUUCAUAAAUAUAAUAUUGAUUCAGAAUAUUUUAUGAAAACUAAGCAACUCUUUGAUUAUUCAAAAGAUUAUGAUCAGCUUCAAAAAGAUAUAACAGCAUCUAAUGGGUAUUGUAGUGGUGAUUAUAAGAAUAUUCUUAAUAAUUAUCUCUAUAUAUAUAACACGUUUGAAUUAGAGUGCAAAACAAAUCCUAAAAAUACGAAGCAUUGUAAACACUUUAAAGAGUUUUUUAAUGGUAAGAAUCUAGAUAAAUUGUCGAUAUUGUCAUGUAAUUCACGAAGUAAUUAUUAUGAAUCUCCAAAGCAACAACAACAUCAUGGUGUGGUGGCAGAAUCAGUAGUAAAAACAGCGCAACAAAACAAAAAGGAACAACCACGACAGUUACCUAGAAGAGCGGUACCUACAGGUACAUAUGAAGAUGCAAAUAGACAGGAUUUAAACCAUAAUAAUUCUGAAUUAUAUCCUUUGUAUAUUAAACGUCCACAGCUGAGUGCAAUUACUGAUAUUUCAACUUCUUCAUAUUCAAAAAAUGUGGUAAUUCCUCCUUUAGUUAUAGGAAUUACAGUUCUUUCUGUCAUAAUGUGCAAAUUUACUCCAGUUCGGUAUUGGUUAAAAAAAGCCUUAGUAGGAAAAUCUAAAAGAAAACGCAAUAUUAUAAUGGAUAGUAAUAUAACAGAAGAUUAUGCUAUUCCGGAAUAUUUGGAUUCAUCGAGAAGAUUUAAUGUAAGAUAUAGCAAUA